CAUGUCCUUCCCACUGAGGAUCCAGACAGUGAUCGGCAUAAGUAACAUAGAUGAUGUGCCUACAAGUAUCUGUUUGCUCAACAGUGGGUGAAAAUAGUGUUCAUGGAUUGUGAUCCGUGGGGAUAUAGUGGGCUUACAUUAGCACUGAGCCAUAUCGCAGGCCAGGCCCAUGUGGCAUCUCUGUUGAAUGCAGUAGGUGUUUACAGCUACGCCUUGCAAGAGCCUAUCUAUAGAAAGAACUUGGGUGGGAACGUCUUUGCCAACCUUCAGCAGCCUGUCAACAGCCACCUAGCAACUGUAUUGCCAAGGGCUCUACCAGCAACCAUCUAUUGUAUAGAUACCUGCAAAGCUAGGUACACGGCCUUUAGUCAUGGCAAAAAAAUGCUGCUGCUUGUAUUAUCUGGUUGUUCCCAUACUAGUUUGUUAAAGGGGAGAAGAGCUGCAGAAGGCACAAUGGUAAUUGUAUUCUGACACCUGAUAACAUCAUAAAAGAUACAGAAGACGAAGGUGAAAAAAAAUCAGUUCUUGAGAAUGGGGCCUUUUUUUGCAUAAUUCCAACUUAAUUGUGGAACUUUCCAUCAAAGGAUAAUUUUUGAUUCCUGGGUUGUGACAGAUUAUUACCUGUUUGCAUUCAAUGGGACGACGAAUUCACUUUGUGGUUGACCCUCAGGGUUGGUGCUGCAUGGGUCUCAUUAUCUUUGUCUGGCUGUACAACACAAUCUUUAUUCCAAAAGUCAUCCUUUUUCCACACUAUGAAGAGGGACAUAUUUCAGUUCUUGCAAUUUUGUGUUAUUAUUUCUGCUCAUUGUUUUGUAUAGCUUCAUUACUAAGAGCCUCAGUCGCUGACCCAGGAAAGCUGCCUGAAAACCCAAAGAUACCGAUUACAGAACGAGAAUAUUGGGAAUUAUGUAACAAAUGCAAUAUGAUGAGACCAAAGCGUUCACACCAUUGCAGUCGUUGUGGACAUUGUGUGAGGAGAAUGGAUCACCACUGUCCAUGGAUUAAUAAUUGUGUUGGUGAAGACAAUCAUUGGCUGUUUUUACAGCUAUGUUUCUACACUCAGAUCCUUAGUUCAUAUACACUUAUACUUGAUUUCUGCCAUUACUACUACUUUUUGCCUCUGAAAAAAGAAAACGGGGUAAGAAUCAGUUUUCUUUACAAAGAUGUUUUUUUAUUUAGACACGAACUUGCUCUCCUAAGAAUAUCUGCCUUCAUGGGUAUAAUAAUGUUAGGUGGAAUAAGUGGACUCUUUUACACUCAGCUUAUGGGUAUUUUCACUGACACUACAAGUAUAGAAAAAAUGUCAAACUGUUGGGAAGACACAUCGAGGCCCCAAAAGCCAUGGCAGCAGACCUUCUCAGAAGUUUUUGGCACUCACUGGAAGAUCCUGUGGUUUAUUCCUUUCAGGCAGAGGCAACCACUGCGUGUUCCCUACCACUUUGCCAAUCACGUCUAAACAGAUGGAUGGUGGGCACAGAUGGGUCCUCCAUGCUGGAAGUGCAUUACAGGUUUUAUGAUAAUAGGACUAUGACAGUCUUCAAGUCAAUUAAAAUCCACCCACCAAUCAUAGGCACAACAGUGUGCUCUAGUCUGUAUUUAAUAGUGGUCUUGAUUCUGUUCUGAGAUUAAUACAAGUUGUAUGUUUCAUCUUAGGCAUAUUUACUUCUAAAUUAGCUUUCCAAGGGGAUUUCUUUUGUAUUUGAGGUUAAUACCAAAACCAAAUGACUGGAAUGCAGUCUUACUCUAUUUGUUUCAUACUGGCUUUUUUUUUUAUUUCGGUAGAAAACACUGAAGUUUACAUUGAUUGUUAGCUUUCCCACUAAGUGUCUUAUUCAGCCUUGAUUUUUUUAUCUGUAGGUGUGUCUUGAUAAUAUUUAUGUCUUUUUUCUGCUACAUGUAUUUAAAAUUCACUGACACUGCCAUUUAUUUAUGAUAUGCAAUAGUAAUCCUGUGGCACUGCACUAUAAAAGGUAACGUAUAAAACCAAUGCAGACUUCUUCCAAAACCUUCCCCAAAGAGAUUUAUAAAAAUACAUGUCAAUGUAUGUGUUUAUAUAGAGAAAUCAAACAUGUUACAGUUAUCUUUCUGCAUAGAUAUGAUCCUAGUGAAAAAUAUUCAUGUCUUUAUGUCAUCAAAGGAGAUGAUAUGUUCCAGGGUAAAGUAUGCAGAUAGAAAGCAUGUUUUCCUUAUAUCACAAGGAUUUCUUUGCAAUAAUUCAAUAAAAAAGUUGUAUGGUGCAAAUACUCAAAUGAUUACUUUUCUAAAAAUGUGGAUUUAAUUAGUUUGCAUGAUGUACCAUAAAAAAGAGUAUAUUGUUAAUAAAGUUAUAAAUUUUA